AACAGCCAGUAACCAAGGGAGCAAGAAAUGGGGUCGGCCUCAAAGAAAACUUCCCCAAUGGACCUCCUCUCCGAUGAGGAGCAAGCAUACCCAAUCCACGAACGGGUCCAAUCUGCGCAAACCGAGCUCGAAGGAUUCGCUAUAGGAGACCGAAGUUACGAACGCCAAUUCGCAACAAUGUAUUUUUUGCGUCUAGUAGAUUUAAAACCGUCGGUGGAGGCUGUCGCAUUGAAAGCUUGGGAGGGCAUUGAAAUUGGAGGCGAAACCGUCAACAGAGCGGACCGCGUCCUUGAAGUCCGCCAGGGCGAACUCUGCUGGAUUGUCGGCACAAUUUACAUGGAAAUGCCGCUGAAACCCAACAUCCUCGAGGACAUUACGAAGGACCAAUGGAUUGCGGCGCCGCCCCCUCGGGAUAAGUACGUGACGCCCGGGGCGGAUCAGACCAUGCUUGAGGAUGAGUCUGGGCGGCUGAGGCUUGUGGGGAGGGCGCUUGAGAAGGAGUGCCUGGUUACUGGGGUGGUGGUCGGCGUCAUGGGGACUGAGACCAAGGACGGGGAUUUUGACGUCGUGGAUGUGAUCGUGCCUGAGUUACCGCCGCAGGAGAAUAAAUUGGAUAUUGGUGAAGGAAAGGAGAAGAAGGGUGGUAGGAGGAAGGUUGCAUUGGUCAGUGGAUUGAGUUUUAAAGGGAAUGCCAUGGAGAAUUUCGAGACGGAGUUGUUGGCAGAGUACUUACUUGGUGAAGUGGGCGGAGUGGAGGACCAAGAAUCUGCAUCAAAAAUCACCCGCCUCAUUAUCGCCGGUAACUCCCUAGCCCCAGUAGUCGCUCUCCCACCUGUCAAGGGCGAAGAAAAGCACAAAAAAUAUGGUUACGACUCAACAACCUACAACGCAAAUCCCGUCCUCGCCCUUGACAACCUCCUGACAACCCUCCUCCCCUCCCUCCCCGUAACAAUCCUCCCCGGCCCCACCGACCCGGCAAACGUCUCCCUCCCACAGAAGCCCCUCCACCCCGCCAUAUUCCGUAACGCAAAACACUACGCCGCCUCCUCCCUACACACAGCCACAAACCCCUGCUGCGUCGACAUCGACGGGCUCAAGUUCCUGGGAACCGCGGGGCAGAAUCUGGACGACGUGUACAAGUACGUUGAAGGGGAAGACCGAUUGGGGAUGUGCGAGCGCUUACUAAGGUGGAGGUGUGUGGCGCCGACGGCCCCAGAUACGCUUUGGUCCUUCCCAUUUGAAGACAAAGAUAUGUACGUCAUAAAAGAGUGUCCGCACGUAUUUUUCAUAGGGAACCAAGAGGAGUUUGCCAGUCGGUUGGUAGAAGUAGGGCCUCAAAACCAACUCUGCAGAAUAAUCCUGGUUCCCAAGUUCUCGGAAACAAACGAGGUGGUGCUACUAGACCUUGACACACUCGAGUGCGAAAGCGUGAGGUUUGGUGUUGAGAAUGGUACCGGGUCACCUGGUUAG